GGGAUAUAUUCUUAAUUUCAGGAGAAUGAGCUGAAGAGAGAAUACCUCUUAUCUUCAGUAGAAAAUGUUUAGUGAUUGGCCUUCAGAGUUAGUGCCACAACAAGGUUGGGGUGAUGAAGCAGCUAUCAGUGCCUUCAAGGAUGCAGUACCUUGGAAUGUUGGUCGAGAUUUUGUUGCUGGGACGGCAAAGCAUCUUGCUAGCAGUCUAGGUUUAACCAAACCAGGACCUCCCAUCAGAAGCAAGAUCAUCCAUGAUAAGCAACUUCAAGUUCUUAUGCCCGCACUUGGUUAUGGGCUGAGUUUUCCUCUGUCAGAAAUUGAUAUAUUACGAGAUUGUGUGAGUGUGUACUGCGAGUGGUUAUCGGCCCUUCUCCCAAACCCCAAGAGUAGCGUCCCAGCACCGAUAUUGAGUGACCCAAAUCAUUAUGCACGCAUUAUAAUAAAUCACUUCUAUUACCUCUUUGUUCCAAGAGGUGCUCAAGGCCCAGAUGUCAUAAAUCGACAAGCCGUUCUUUGUCACCGGGUUUUACGAACUUUGCAGAAUAUUGCCCAGAAUUCGCCCUGUUUGAGCGAAGAUACGUGGCAAACAUUGCUGCUGUUUUUGCUGCACAUUAAUUCUGCUUUGUUGUCCCCACCAACUGUGAAAGUUUCAGAUGAAAGUGAGGGCGCAUCCACCUCCUCUCUAAGUCUAAACUUAACUGGAGAUGUAGCUGGUAUUUAUGUAUUUGAGUUGUGUGUCGCUUUUUAUGCUUGACAAGGGACGUUUGGAUUGUACCUACUGUGCAUAAUUAUUGUAUGCAUAUAUAUAAUGUAUAAAGUUAUAUAUGAUUGAAGACAUGCAUUCACAUUUGACUACAACAAUAUGUACAUCAUAUAUUUGUGUCUACUAUAGUACUGUAUUUAUACAUAUCGUAUAUAAAUUUGUCUUAUAAUGCUGAAUAUUGACUGAUACAGUGAAAUAUUUAUAUAGCAACUAAAUGCUGGUAAACAUGGAUUUCUGUCAGUCUCUUUCUGGUUUUAAGUGUGUACGUAAUACGGGUAUUAAUUUGUAGAUUAUACUUUGUAUAACUGACCAAGAAUUCAUUUUUCGUGAGGAAGGUUGGGCUUCUUUUGUUACUAUUCAUAUAUACUAAGUUAGUCUCCCAUCAUAUGAUAGAUGUUUCCUUUAAGUAUAAUAAACUGAGGUAAGUUUAUCUGCAGUUUUAUGUAACUAAAUCUCAGCAAAUGUAACUUCAGUUUUGUUGUCUUGGAAUGGACAAGACAUAUUUAUGUAGAGUUGGGAUUUUAAAUUUUUAUAUAAAAUGUGUGAUACUGAUCUGAUCUAUUGACAUUACAGUUUCCUAAUAUUUGGCAGCUAGUAGGUCACUAAGAAUAAAUCUGGCUUGCAGUUGCUUAUGAAAUGAUUGAUUUAUUCUUGUUCCCAACCAUCUUUGCUUCUUGUCUUAUGAAGAGCAAAGAGGGCUAUAUUAGAAGAUUAUAUUUAUGUCUAUGAAUAUUAUACAGGUUGAAGUGAUCAUUUUACAGGAUGUAAAUAUGUCUAUCAAGGGUUUCUUGUGUUGUAGUAAAAUUUUGAGGGAUUAGGAUCGAAUCCCAACGCAUUUUUUCAUCGAAGUCUCUUGUGUUCCAAGUUUACCAGUAUACACUGCAUUUUUUACAUUCUGGAUAUUCUUCACAAAGUGGGUACAAUCCAAACACAUCUGCUAUGGCUCUUGUGUAUAUACACGGCUUAUAUUGAACGCUAAUUUUCUGUAAAAUGGUAAUAACUUAGAUGGUGACCUGUGUGUAUUAAAUAAAAGAAGUUAGAUUUGGCAAAGGGGAGGUGAUUUUGACUACAUACUUAAGAUCUAAAGUCAUAACGCAUGGUCAACAUUAACUAGAAAAUUAUUUUAUCACAAGUUGCAGUGAUAUCCAGUAUAAAAUCAGUCUCAGAGGUUGAGGAAUAACACAAGACUUAGUAUUUUGUCAAUCAGUUUCAUGUUUGAACUAAGAACAAACAAUUUUGUUAUAUGGAAAUCGUUGGUGUUGAGGCAGGAAUGUUGCAUGUACAAUUUUUAAGUUUCUACAGAGAACUUGGUUGUUUUCCUCUGGUAGAGUUUCUGGUUAUCAGUGUUAUGAAGAGCAGCCGAGGCUGUUGACAUGCUAUAUAGUACUGUAUGUUAUUAAAAAUGUUUCGGCUCUUUUCCUACGUGCAAUUUUCUGUUUGACUUCUGUAUUUAUUUAAACACAUAGAUCACAAGGAUUUAUCUAGACGACAGAAUCAUACAGCUGCAUGAUGAACAGCAGCUGUGAAAUUAAGUGUAUUUUUUAUUAUUUAGCAGGCCCUUUAACAUACCUCCAGUGAUGUAAAUUUGUCAUAUUUCUGGUUGUGGCAUGUGAUUGAUGAAAAAAUGUCUCUUGGCCUGCUGGUGUUAUGGAAUAUACAGUUUUUAUUUGUUUAGUUUUUACUUUUGCUAAGUCAUUGUUAAAAAUGGCUUGAUACUUGUACCUAUGCUAAGCUUAUAAGAAUAUUUUAGGCUUAUAUCUAUGUUCAACCUUUUCAGUUAGUAAUGAGCUGGGAAGUUUUAGUUUCUAAAAGCAGAGAUCUGUAUUUGAACUUUUUCCUAAUACAGCAUUUAAGAAAACAGUGUCAUUUUAUAUAAAAAUACUAUUCCUAUUAUAUGUCACUGAAUCAGAUAUCUUGUUCUUAUUUUCUAUUGUCUGUAUACUGUAGUUAUUGAUUUUCC